GGAGAAGGGCGCUGGCAGCGGACUGCUGCUCCAGAAAAACCUCCACCAAAGCGACCUGAUCUGCGGCCACCAGCAGCCCGGGCCACCGCACCAGCAGCAGGAGAAGGAGCGGUGUGGGUAACCAGAGACAACACCGGCCGCUGUUAGCGGAGAGUACCGGGAGACUGUAGCAUCACGGCCCGGUGUCAGACACGGAGAACCGGCCUGCUGGUAACGGCGUCUGCUUGUGGAUUUGACUUCGAAGAAGCGCUACCUGUCUGCCAGCUUUAGGUCUCAGAGAUGAGCGGAAGAGUUGGAGACCUCAGUCCUAAGCAGGCUGAGGCACUGGAACAAUUUCGACCGAGGAUACAAGACAUUCUUCCUCAACUUCCGGCACAGGAUGACCACUUCCUGUUACGUUGGCUCCGAGCGAGAAACUUCAAUGUUCAGAAGUCUGAGGCCAUGCUACGAAAGCAUCUGGAGUUCAGGAAACACAUGAAAGUAGAUGCAAUAAUCACUGACUGGCGUCCACCUGAGGUGAUAGAGAAAUAUCUCUCAGGAGGGAUGUGUGGUUAUGACCGUGAGGGGAGCCCCAUCUGGUACGAUGUGAUUGGACCUGUGGAUCCCAAAGGUCUCUUCCUGUCUGCCUCCAAGCAGGACUUCAUCAAGUCCAAGAUCAGAGACUGUGAGAUGCUGCAGCAGGAAUGCAACCUCCAGUCAGAGAGACUGGGCAGAAAUGUUGAGUCUAUCACGAUGAUCUAUGAUGUUGAAGGUCUGGGACUGAAACACUUAUGGAAACCUGCAAUAGAAACAUAUGGAGAGAUCCUGCAGAUGUUUGAAGAUAACUAUCCAGAGGGCCUGAAGAGGCUGUUUGUCAUUAAGGCUCCCAAGCUCUUCCCUGUGGCCUAUAACCUCAUCAAGCACUUUCUGAGUGAGAACACACGGCUGAAAAUCUACAUCCUGGGGGCUAACUGGCAGGAGGUUUUACUGAAGUACAUUGAUGCAGAGGAGCUGCCGGCCAUUUACGGAGGGAAGCGGACGGAUCCUGAUGGAGAUCCUCGUUGUCGGACCAGGAUAAAUCAUGUUGGACCAGUGCCCUCUUCCUACUAUGUGCGGGACCAUGUCAAAGUGGAUUAUGAAUACUGUAUGACUGUCAAUCGAGGUUCAUCCCAACAACUGGACUAUGAGAUCUUAUUCCCGGGCUGCGUUCUCCGGUGGCAGUUUGCUUGUGAGGGUGCAGACAUUGGUUUUGGGGUGUUUCUAAAGACGAAAAAGGGUGAGUGGAAGAAGGCAUCUGAAAUGCAGGAAGUCAUUCCCAGCCAGCGAUACAAUGCUCACUUAGUGCCUGAGGAUGGAUCGCUGACCUGUGAGCAUCCAGGAGUCUAUGUGCUGAGAUUUGACAACACGUACAGCAUCUUCCAGGCCAAACGAGUCAGUUAUACUGUUGAGGUCCUGCUCUCUGACCAGUUACAGUCGCAACGGGAAGCCCUGACCAACGAGAAAUCCAGCAACAACGUACAAGCAGAAGGCGAACAGUCACGACUGUGAUGUUAGAUAAGUUUAGGGAUGUUUAGCCGCUAAUAAGAGGCACAGCCUGACAUAUUUGAUGUAAACAGGACCGCAAUGCUCACUAAUUUAUAGUUAUUAGUAGGGUUGUAACAUUACACAUAAGUCACGUUUUCAGCGUUUUGUACAACCAAAAAAUAAAACAAGUCAAAUUGUAGGUUUGUUUUCUCCUAUUUAAAACUGAAGAAUUUGUCCUUUUAAAAAGAAAUCAAACUGUUCUUGCUAUGAUGAGGUUCUGACUAAUUGGGCAACAUAUAUGGAAAGAAUAUGUCAAUUUGUAACUUUCAAUUUAACCAAAAAGUUUAAUUUUUGACAAAUUUGACCAAUGUUUUUUAACAAGCCAUAUGUCAAACGUUACCCCAGAUUUACGCAUCGUUGUCUCUGCACCGCUCCGACCUUCACCGCCAUUCAUUCCAGUCCUGAUUUACAUUGGAAUGCUCCACCAAGAAUCCCAGAGGUUCUUCGAGAAGCAUGCCCAGAACGCACAAUAAAAGCCAGCGAUAAAUGCGGAAAUCAGACCAAAACGACUCAUUCUGUGGAAGUUAAAACGGCUAGAACUGCUUCAUGUUUGUUGUUUUUUUUAGCAUUCAGACAUUUUCUCAAGUUUUGUUCUUCAAUAGGUGAGUACACCGAGUACAGAUAAGCUAUUUAAUUAGCUUAUUUUGGUGCAUUUAAUGUUUAUUUGUUAGGUUUUCAUUACCUAAGUUAACUGCUAAUAUGGACAUAUACAUAUCAAUGAACAUACGCGGAUAUUUAUUAAUUCAGCAGGGCCUUUAAGAAAAUCUAGUCUCUUUUAGUGAAUUAUUUUGAAAAUACAGAUGUUGUUCAUGUUUAGUUACCUGGUGGUGCAGUGUGAUCUGUGUAGAUUUACUCCGACCUGGCUCUGGUGUCCGGCAAAAAGAGAAUCGGGUUGAAUUUUACCGAAUGGCUGUGUGCACACCGCCGCCCUGCGGAGGCAGGGCACACACUCUCAUUUAGAAUAAAGGGUGUGUAAUUAUAGCGAAGUUCGUACCAUGGUGGAGCAGAGACUGACGCUGUUGGGGUUAAAGUUUUAAUUAUAAAAGGGUAUGUUCAUAAAAGAACAUACCAAAAUUUUGAAAUUAAGUGGGGUUGUUUCAAGAAUGCAAAUUAAAAAAAUGAAUAGCUUCUCCUUAGUAAUAAAAAGUUUAGAUUUAAAACAGGCAGGGCACCGGCAGGUGGCACUUAAUUAUUGUCUGUUAGGUUUAUACAUUUCCUAAUGUCAUAUUUACUGCAUUUAUAGACCGGUUUUAUAUAAACUAUACAACUUAUUCGACAAAUGACUAUAUCUGAAUAUUCAACGACACUUUAAUCAUCUUAGUUGGCCUCAAUUAAUUGUCUAUUUGAUGAGACAUUUGAAUUUAUUUAGAAGUUUCAAUAGUCAACUGGUUUAAAUUCAACAGGUUGAUUCAAUCGAUGGCUUAUUGGACUUGAUGUAUAAGUGAAUAUAAACAUACUUUGAUUUAUAUAAGCAUACAUUUUAUUUAUAAAUUAAAAACUAACUUAAUACGUUUUCAAUUCAAUUCUACUCAAUUUUAUUUAUAUAGCGCCAAUACAUUUUUUAUGUAAAAGGUAAAUAUUUUUCUUCCGAUAUUUUUUUUUAUUGUGAACUGCAUAAAAUUUUUAUUCAGUUUUGAUUUCAUGCAGUGAAACAAAAAGAGUGCUAGCAUUUAUCACGAUGUGUACAAAAGUUUAUGAUUUGUCAUUUUCAAUGGCAACAAUAUUCAACACAAAAAGGUGUUUACAUCUUGGUUUGGAUGAUCCUUAAAUGAAUGCUGUCCUGUUGUAAACAUGCUGUUGUUUCUAUAAUUAUGUAGCAGACAAAAUGAUGAUGUUUCUAUGGUGAACAUAAACUCACAGGUACAUGGUGAUUAAUUCCUAAUGAUUCUUCAUUCCUGGUGCCCAAGUCAAAGGCACAUCUUUCUCUUCAUGACAUGUAACUAAUACAGCUUCACAAACAUUUCUAAAAAUACUGAAUAUAAUCAAUAUGUAAUGAUGAAAACAAUCUGUUAUUUAUGCAAUGUUAAUGCUAAUAUUUUCUUUAUUUUGAAUCAGCAGUAUUAUACAUUCAUGUCAUUUCUUUUCAGAUUUAAUGGACUCUUGUUGUUUCUCAAUGUUUAUGUCAACAAAUAACUGCUGAAUGUAGACUGAGGUCAGAAUAAAGUCCUCUUUCUUUCUUGCACUAUAAUAAUUUUUUUAAUUUAUUCCAAACUCUUCCAGCAUAUGGGUUUACCUGUAUACUUGCUUCUGGAGAUUAAUUGUCAGUGUGUAAAUGUCUGCUUUUUAUUGUGCUGGUUUUGCUUGAAGUUAGGUUUCAGAUGUUCAUACCGGAUGGGUCAUUAGUACCGAAAUAAAAAAAUACCAACUUUA